CAUCUCUUCACAGUCUUUCUCCCUCCUCUGGCCUCUACUGCGCAGACUUGGGUUUCAGAAUCGCCAACAUGGCGGAAGAUUUUGGCUUCAUUUUCAUUGAAUGAAUCGGAACAGUGACACGGCGUCCAUCUGGUUUAGAACAUUCUUAGGUCAGAGCUGGCUUAUUGCUAAUGUUGCUAAUGCUAAGCUAGCAGUUAAAAAAAAGAAAAAAAAAAACACUCAAGCAAGAAGCUUUUUGCACUGUUAGAACCAAAAUGAAGAGCAAUGUUUUUGGUUUUUGGUUGCCCCUAGCCUCAUUUUGACAAUAAGAAAGACUUCUUCUGACUGAUGGAUCUUUAUUCUUCUAGAGAGCUUCAUGCUUCAGUAGAAACGCAAUCUGAGGGCACUAACACAACACCUGCUUCCUCACUGAUGGAUCUUUUUGAUGUGUGAUCUGUCAUGAAGGUGCAGCGAGCUGGAACAGUGUUUUUGUCCUUCACGUGCGACCUUCCAAACAUCUGACCACGCGUUCCAGUGUUUGUUAGCGUCUGCAUUCACUGCAUUCAUGAUCAGUGUGAAUUCAUUUCCAUUGAACGAGUCCACGACAAAGCAUUUCAUUAACACCCUGAUAUUAUCUCUGUCUCUAUCUGUGUACAGUGUUGCUUCACUUCCCCCACAUCCCCAUGCCUGCGUGUGCGUGUGUGUUCUCAUUAAAUGUCACAUUGCUUUGUUCGCAGGUGGCGAGCGCAGCUGUGGAGUACAUGAACUCAUCUGCAUCAGAAAAGUUUCUCCUGAAGCUCUGGGGUUCCUCUCUGCUGUCGGGGUUUUUGCCUUUCUUAUGAUCCUCAUUUUCCUGUACCUCAAUAACAAGCUAUCACUCGAGAACGCUGCUCCACGACCACACGACCACUACAGGAAGAGCAAGGAACUGCCAGAUAAAGGUUAUGGGGAGACUGAUUUUCAGGCUUCUUCAUCAGACAGUGAUGAUGAGGUGAUGGGUCAGUAUCAGGAGGCUGUGACCCGCUCACAGGGUCUCCGCGGUGGCUGCACAGGGGCCAGCAUCCGCCACCACAAGGGCUACGGCUGGGACACUCGGCAGAAAUACUGCCCCCUGGCGGCGGAGUACGACGGCUACAGCAGUGAGGCCUCAGCAGAAGAUGUGAACUGUAUCCAGAGAAUGAGGAGGACUCCUCCUCUAGAUGAGCUUCAGCCGCCACCAUAUCAGGACGAGGACGGCUCGCCCCGGAUGUCCUGCACCCCCUCCGAUCUCGGAGAUGCGAAGUGUGACCUGUCUCAUGGCAGUAACAGUCCACUGCACAGCUACACGGCCAAGUGUCCCAGCGAAGGCAGUGCUGGCCACGACACCGAGAGCUUUCUCAACAAGGGCUACGAGGAGGACGUCCCCAGCGACAGCACGGCCGUUCUCAGCCCAGAGAAUCUCUCGGCUCGUGGCUCGGCUGCUCACCUCCCGAAGGGUUAUGAACCAGAGCCUUUAGCGCAGUUUGGGACGCUGGACGUCGUCUUCGAUUACGACUCCUGCGAUCAGCGUCUGGCCGUUACCGUGACAGCAGUGACCGACAUUCCUCCACUGAAGCGCACGGGAAACGUCUCCUGGCAGGUGCAUUUAGUACUGCUGCCCACCAAAAAGCAGCGUGCCAAGACCAGCAUCGCCAGAGGACCCUGCCCCAUCUUCACCGAGACCUUCCGCUUCAGCCACAUCGAGUCGGAGAUGAUCAGCAACUACGCCAUCCGCUUCCGCCUCUACAGCGUCCGCCGCAUGAAGAAGGAGAAGAUCCUGGGAGAGAAGGUGUUCUACCUCACCAAACUCAACCUGCAGGGCAAGAUGUCUGUGCCCGUCAUUCUGGACCCCUGCUGCAGUAUAACCGGCAGCGAGUCCCAGGCGAGCAUAUCUGACGCAUCGUGUACCGACACGGCCUCAACGUUCCAGUCUGCAGCUCAAGGUUCAGCUCCUGAGAUCCUGCUGGGCCUCGUGUACAACGCCACCACCGGCCGCCUCUCCGUCGAGGUCAUCAAAGGAAGCCACUUUAAGAACCUCGCCGCCAACAAACCACCCAAUGGAUUGUUCUGUUGUCUAAAGCACUUGAUAGGUGGGCAGGUUUAUAUAAUCAGAGACACGUACGUCAAGCUGACCCUCCUGAACUCCAUGGGUCAGGAAAUGUCCAAGUGCAAGACGUCCAUCUGCCGCGGGCAGCCCAACCCCACCUACAAGGAGACGUUUGUGUUCCAGGUGGCGCUGUUCCAGCUCUCGGACGUCACCCUAAUCCUCUCUGUUUACAACAAGCGGAGCAUGAAGCGCAAGGAGAUGAUUGGCUGGAUCUCUCUGGGCCUGAACAGCUCUGGGGAGGAAGAGCUAACGCACUGGACUCAGAUGAAGGAGUCGAAGGGACAGCAGGUGUGUCGGUGGCACAGCCUCCUCGAGUCCUAGAGCCGCAACUAGGUGGCGGAGAAAGACCACGACCACGAUGGAGUAUAGGGAGGGGUAGAAGAAAAACGACACAAGCCACGCCCACUCCUGACCCACAGCUCGCCCGAGCUGGCCCUCACUGCAGUGCAUUAGGGGAAGCGUGAGCGCUGUUAAUAAGGGGACGAAACCAUCCUUAGCCCUGGGACUCAGACACACCCCUUCAGUGCGUUCAGGGAAGUGGCUCUAGGGUGCGGGACUUUUUGCCUUUUAAUGCAGAGACCACGUAGAAGAGAUGUUUGUAAUUUGUAUGUUUGUUCAUAUAUUUAUUUAUUUAUUUACUUAUUUAUUUACUCUCUUAUCUCUUAAUUUAAGUUGUUUCUCUUGUGUAGCUUUAAAAACACCUAAAUUAACCUUGCUGACGUGUGGAGUGAGAGGAUUGGUGAUGGUGUUCACGCGCCGGAGGUCCGUGACAGUAGCCAUGGUCAGUGUUAAUCUGAACAACUUUAAGGGCUUUUUAAUUUUUGCAUAACCAAAUAUCUGCUUCCUUAUCUGAGUUCCACCUUAAAUGGUGUUGCAGUUGCAUUCUAAAUAUGUUGCGUUAUGUUACCUUCAGCAUUUAUCAGUUAAAAUCAGAAAGAAGCUGCUGAAUAAGGAACCAGCUCAUUCACUACUACACCUAACUUAAAAAUGCUUACCAGCCACUACAUUAAAACCGCUGCCAAUUUUAAGUAAAUAACAUUGAUUAUAUAGUCCCAAUACCCAAUGCCGUAGCAAAGGGUGGAUAUGUAUUUAGCAGCGAGUGGGCAUUCGGUUCUUGAAGUUAAUGUGCCCUGUCUUACACCCUGCGCAAGGCAUGUUGCGAUGCUAAUUGCUAUCUUACACCUCAUGAACAGUCUAUUUUCAUGCCUUCUGCCUGCACCGUUUAAAAAGCAAUAGAGCUUACGAUUAUAUCUAUGGGAUGGGUGUAGUUGUCUGUAAGUAAGGUGUGUUCAGGUAAAUUUCUGGCGUAUUGCUAUCUUUACAACAGAAAACACAGGUGCACCACUGACUAAAAUUAACAUAGACAACAGUGAAUUAUCAGAUGUUAAUUGCUAUCUUGGCAACACAGGUGCACCUACUUGUUACGCAUACUUUUACCAACAAUGCAUCAUGUACAUCAACAAUAAAUGUACUAAAUAAUAAUAAUACUAAAUUAAAUAACAUUGCUGUGCAUCGUCACAGUGUGAACGCUCAGGUCAGUUUCCUCUGAUGAAAAGUGCAGAAGUGCUGUGUGUUAAAAUACCAGUCUGCCAAAGUCAGAGCACAUCUGGCUAAAGACAAUGGCAAGUGGCACGAUGAUUGGGUCAUUACGAAAAAACACAUUCAGGAUUAAUUAAGAAAAUUAGUACACACCUUUCACGCAUUUCCACGAAUUGCACAAGGUGUACUUUUCCUGCUGUUAUGAUAGUAACGUACCUUAGGGCCUUGUUGCUCAUGGAGGUCCUAUCUCAAAUAUUAAACAACGAAAGGUGUUGUAGAGACCAUUUCUCAAUUGAUUAGAGUUCUUUUUAUCUACCCAAUAUUAGGCCAGUGGUUUUGAUGUUAUGGUGCUGAUCUCUGUACUUUUCAGUCAUUUAAUCAGCUAUUAAAUUUCCAAUUUCCAUCGAUUUUUUUAACCAAAAAAUAGACAAUCAAAAAGUUGUGAAAAGAUUAAAACUGGCCAUGGUGUUGUUCAGAUCAUAUACAAACAACAGAGAUAAACAGUGAGGAUGAGCUUUCGUCUGCUAUCAUAUUUGUCAGCUUGUCUCAGCUCUACAGGCAUUAACAGUGGCGUUUCCUUCUUGAACCUGUAACCAAUCAGCAAGUUAAAAUACGCAUAUGAGCCAAUCAGCAGUCACUUCGGUUAUACACUCAGCAGCAAAAAAAAAUUGUUGCACUGAGAAAUCUAUAGAUUUUUACAACAAUGAGUGACGAGAGGAUUCAUAUUUCUCUCAGUGGUAGCAAGAUAUCCAGGUCCAUCAUACUACCACCACCAUGCUUUACAGCUGGCGUGAGUUCCCUUUUAGAUUCUUCCAUCCAAAAUGCCUCAUUCCAGAUCUGAAGAUGAAGACAAGCAUUACAUUUACUUCUUUGUUAGCAUUAACAUUAACGUCUUUACCUUGAUGUUGGGAUCCAGCCAUGGAUCCCAUGCUUGUCCACUGUUUAUCUGAUAGUCAUAAAGAUCUUAACCGAGACAACCAAGGUCUAAAGUUGUAUAAGUGUCAUUCUGGAGGAUGUUUACAUGAUCUUUUUUGAGCGUUUGGAAGGACUCCUAGGAAGAUUAACUACUGUUCCGAACCGUUUCUCCAUUUUCACAGUAUGGCUCUGAUUCAAGUUCAAAGCCAUAAAGCCGUAGACACAGUCUAAGGCCUGUAAUCUAGUCUAGACUGAUAGGCGUCCACAAUAAAAGCAGUAAAAUGCUUUCUAAGCACAAGCCUGUUAAUACUGAUCCAGAUUAAUAGUAGGUGUAAUGCUGGGUCAGUGUGCAUCUGCCUCGUUUAGUGCAGCGUGUCCUCAUGCAGCAGAAAUGUUCCUGCCCUGGCUCCAGUUUCUGUAAACCAUUGUUUGCAGAGAGAUGGUUUUGCUCUACCGUUUAAUGAAGAUUUAUUGCUUUGAGACGUUUCGUGGAAAGUCUGCUGUAUUCAAAGGCUCCUCGCUUCAGUUUCUUUAUUCUUUAAUUUAUGGACGCUGCUGUGCUCUCUGGGAUGCUUUGUGGUUUUUGCGGAUGAUAAACACAUCUCCUGCAAAUGUGGAUCGUUGGCGUUUCCCCUCUGGCCUCGUCCACAUGUAUCCGGACAUUUCAGAAAGCACAUGUUUUCCCCCUGUGUAGUUUAACUCCUUUGUGAACCUCUUAGAGUGUUUUUACACCUGUAGUCUUUAGGUUUCUAUGUUCCGAAUCAGUUGAUGAGUUUGUUUAUUUGGAGCGUUUUCUCCCUCUGUUUGGUUUAGUUUGGUUUCACACAGGCAUAAACCUAAACACACCAAAGAAAAUGCGAAAAUAAACCACACGACCACAUUGUCUCCUCUGAUUGGUCAGAGCUGCAAGAAAGUAAAUAUAGUGAGAAAAUUCAGUGUAUAUCUGUGCAUGUGUAUCGGUACAGUUUGAAGCUGCUUUAACACUGAAUGCUAAAAGUGUGCCACAGCACUUUCAAACCCUGUUUUCAAUAGGACGUGCAGUGCAGAUGUACACGUAGUAAACAUAGAGUCGCACAACUGUAAGAAGUGAACGCAGCACACACUGCGCACGUAAACAGCAUGGAGCAGCAGGGACAGCGUUCAUCUCAUCACUCGUGGUACUUAGAAUUAUCUGGCUAAUAGUGGUGCAGGAAAAAAUCGUUUCAAGCUCGAAUCGCGAUUGUAACAUUGAACAAUUCAGAAUCAAUUCUCAUUUUCAAAAAAAUAUUUUUUUUGGGUGAAGCUACUGUCGCGCAGAGCUUUUUAACUGUCCUGCGAAGCUCAACUACUGUCUGGCAGAACUCUUUAACUGUCCUGCGGAGCUCUUCAACUGUUAAAAAGCUCCGCAGGACAGUAUGAGCUCCGCGCGACAGUAGGUGAGCUCCGCGGUACAGUUAAAAAGCCACGCGGGACAGUUAAAAAGCUCCGCGCAACAGUAGGUGAGCUCCACGGUACAGUUAAAGAGCUCCACGCGACAGUAGGUGAACUCCGCAAGACCGUAUGAGCUCGGCAGUACAGUUAAAAAGCUCUGAACGACAGUAGGUGAGCUCCGCGGUUCAGUUAAAGAGCUUCGCGGUACAGUUAAAAAGCGCCGCGCAACAGUAUGAGCUCCGUGGUACAGUUAAAAAGCUCCGAACGACAGUAGGUGAGCGCCGUGGUACAGUUUAAAAGCUCCGCGCGACAGUAGGUGAGCUCCGCGCGACAGUGCUCUUACUGCCUCUCUCUAUAAGACUACAGAGGGGUGUGUAGUGUUGUGUUAUGGUGUUUGUUGUUGCGCCGCUAAAGUAUGGAGGAUGAAGAAAAAGAAAUCCAACCGUUUUGAAAGAAUCUGAAAAAAAUAAAAAGCAGUAUAUUUAACAGCUAGGUCAGAUUGAGACCACCCCCUCUUGCUGGUUUUGGUCCUGUUGUUUUGAUCUGCACCCGAGUGUGAUUACUGUUUUCACAUCUACUCAAGGAAACCGCACUAAUGUUACAUAAAAAAAACAGAGUCUUUUUUAAACGGACCGAUGGUGCUGGUGUAAAAACGCCCUUAAUAACAUAAAAAGAACAAGAAUACUCAAAACUAAAUGUUAGAAAGUCAAAUUAUCUUUAAUAAUAUUUUAAUGACAAAGAAAUUGUGCUACAUUUAGUACAUUUAGUGUAGCACCAGUACUAAACUAAAGAAUCAAACUAUGUACACCACUACUACUUAUUUUGGGUUCAAGGAGGAAAACAACUCAAUGCCAAUGCUCAAUUUUAACAACACUGCUCUUUAGGAGCUAAUAGAAAUAGAUAAACGUCUUGGUUUGAUCUUGAUUGGUUGUUUUUUUGUUUUUUUUUUAUGUCCCAGUUCUCAGUGUGGCCAGCUUCCCAACCUGUUCUUCUGAUUUACUGUUGUUUUGUUUUCUGGGUCGAUGGUGAAGAUCUCCCUUAUUGAUUGUUCUGUACUGUUUAAGAGUUUUCCUAUCUAUUUUUGUACGCUAUUUAAAAAAAAAAGACGUGUUUCUUGACGAUGUUAUGAAGCUCUGUGAGCAAAAAUGAGUUGUAGACAUUGUUUCUACCUUUUUGAGUUUGUUUUCGGGUUAGCCUGUUCAGUCGUUCGUCACAGUGCUGAUUUUAUUGUUCUAAAUGCUACAGAAAGACAGAAGACACCCUGGUUCCCUGUGUUUCUGUCCCGUUCCUGUGCUGUGAGUAAACAGAGAGAUAGAAACGUGAGGUGGAGGGGAAGCGCAGGACUGCUGAGGUCAGCACGGCUGAGGAAGAUUAAUGAAGUGGCGCGUUUUUCUGGAAUUGUAUAAUUUUUCUUUUCUUUCUUUUUUUUGUUUUUUAAGAAACGUGGCUUUGAGGGCCUUUCAGUAAAACAAGCACAUUUUUCUGCA